GGGAGGCAUUUGGAGGAUCAGAUCCCCAGAAGAGGCGGCUCUGCCUGCACCACCUGCACUGCCCCUCCAGCCACACACCGGGGGCAAUGGGGCAGAUAUAGCCCUGUCUAUUACCCCAUACAGGGACCAGCCAAUGGCCGAGACCCCCACACUGGAUUAACCUCUGCUGGGUCCUCCGGGGAGCUCUACAAGGCGGGAUGGGGGUUCUGAUGUCGAAGAGGCAGACGGUGGAGCAGGUGCAGAAGGUCAGCAUCGCGGUGUCCGCGUUUAAGGACGGGCUGGAGAAACGGCCCCAGAACAAAAGGAGGUCUGAGGGCGCCAUCGCCAAGGGCACCAAGUGUGACGAUUCGGACCAGGUGGUGGAAGAGGAGAACGGUGAGGACGGGUCUAACGAGGCCUCCCCGUGCCAGUCCCAACCGCGACAGGAGAACCCGAUAAACCGGGCGGCCUGGGAGAGGCUGCGGGACGGACGAGGCGUCGAGCCGGAGGAGUUCGAGAAAAGCAGCAGGUUCACCCCGCCUGCCUUCGUCAGGCCGACCCGAGCGCUCAACGACGACGAACCCGUAGAAAUCGACCUCGAACAACACGAUGAGAUCACCAACGAUGAGAUGUGUGAGAUCUGCGAGGUGUGGACUGCGGAGAGCCUGUACCCGUGCCGAAUCUGCUCCCGGGUGUUUCACGACGGCUGCCUCCGGCGCAUGGGCUACCUGCGCAACGACAACGGCCUGGAGGUGACUGAGAUGGCCCAUACGGAGACCGGCUGGAGCUGCUACUACUGUGAUAACGUGAACCUGCUGCUCACGGAGGAGGAGAUGUACAGCCUGAUGGAGACGUUCAGCCAGUGCAAGGUCAUCCCAGAGUGCCCGCUGACGCUCGAUGACUUCCUCCACUACAAACACCUGGUGAACAGACGCCUGCAGGAGAAGCAGCUGAGCGACGAGCUGGAGGAGCAGGCCGCCUUCCAGUUCUCCUCCAUGGACCCCGAGAAGAAAGGUCAGAUCGAGUGGGCCGACUUCCUCUCCCACGAGUCCAUCUGUCUGCUGCAGAAGCUGCGCUCACAAAACUCUUUGCUGCGACUGCUUACGGCCAAAGAGAGCGAGAGAGCGCGAGCAACCUUCUUAUCGCUGGACCAAGACAGUGACAAGCAGAUCGGAGCGUGCGAGUGCAGGAGAGCGCAACACGGCUGGUUCCGCAAACAGUCCAAAGAGACAGCCUCGUGUAACGUCAGCAUCAGCCAUGUUGGGCCGAUGUCGGAGAGCAGCCCGGCCAGUAGCACCAGCGGGAAAAGCCAGGAAAAGAGCACUUUGAACAGAGAGCCAGAGGAAGGCAGACAGGUGAGCUGGGACACUUUCUUGAAGGAGAACGUAAUCUACAUACUCGCUGCUCGUCCAAAUAGCGCCGCCAUUCACCUGAAGCCAUCGGCAUAAAACAGCCACGCAUAUAGUGCUCACCACAUGUUUUGGGAGACCCAAUCGCUACCCGACUCCCAUGUAACACUGGGGUAUCCUCCCAGGACAGGAAUGUCCUCUGUGGUGGCCGGUCGUUGAAGUUGAGCUGCAGGCCACCACCGAACUGUUGGCCUGGCACAGAAACGUCUUCCCCGGCAUACCCUUUGGUGACUCUAUAUUUUUAAUAGUUUCUUGCUUUAUGUUCUUGAAAUAAAAUAAAUGUAGACAGAGAGCUCUGAAGAACCGUAAGAUACAA